CCUACAGGAGCUGAGUCCGUAAGCCGCACACGGAGGCGGAAACUUCCACUCUGGAAGGCGGAAGCUGUGAUUUUGCUUUCGCCGUCAAAACCCAGAGCAGCGAUCGCGAUAAACCCUACACGCCGCCGCCUUCUCUUCUCCCGCCGGCAAUGGGGGGCGGGCCACGCACGUUCCCGGGCGGGCUGUCCAAGUGGCAGUACAAGCGCAUGCACGAGAAGCUGGCGCGGCAGAAGCAGCGCGGCCUCCUCCACCACGAGAAGCAGCUCUACCUCGCCCGCCUACGCUCCGAGAUCCGGGCCUCGCGCCUCCCCGGCACCGACCCGACCGCUCCCCCGGGUGAGGGGCCCACCUCGUCGCGCGCCCACAUCCGCGCCCUCGCCGACCGCUUCCGCAAGCCCGGCGCCGAGGACCUCUGGAACGAGGACGACGGGCCUCUCCGCCGAGCCAAGCGGCCGCCGACUAGGAUCACUUCGGGUGACCGGCGGCAGCAUUUGGACUCAGGGAAGCCCCGGGGAGAGGGGAACUGGAAGGAUUGGGAUGAGCUGGCUCUAGAGCAACCGAGGGCUCGGAGGGAGGUUGGAGCCGGCGGAAAGGGGCCAAGCUUGGCCGCGUUCAAUCCGAGGAGAGAGUACCGGACUGUGGCGCCCUGGUGGUCGCACUGGAGUUCGGCAUCUCUCAGUUUAUUUGGUCCGGAGAGGUGUUACUCGGCGAUGUCUCCAUGCUCGGCGAGUUGGCAGUCGGGUGCUGCGCUGAUGCCAUUGGGUGCUAGAGGACUUGCUGAGGUUGGGAAUAGAUGGGAGGAACCAGCAAUGGCUCUGUUUAAUCAGGAGAGGUUGUACUCGGUUGCGAGGCGAUUCGGCAGGAAAUGGAGGCCGGAUUCAUCGGAUGAGGAUGAGGAGGGCACAUCUACUGCAAAGAGGGAUCUUAAGUUCGGAAAGUUUGGAGCUUCAAGUGAAGAGGAUUCAGAUAGUGAUGAAUUGAGGGAGACAAGUGCCAUCAGGAGGAGAUGGAGCAGUGCUGCUCUGAGGAACUGCGAUAUGAAGAAGGAAAGGCGGGUGCUCAAGUCUUAUGAGGAGGAAAACAGUGAUCUCGCUGGUAGAAUCCGAGAGCUGCGAGAGGAGAUAAAAAACAGGGAGGUUUUGGGUACUGAUAGGAGGCGUUACGAGACGAGGGGUGAAUCUUUGCUUACCAAUAAAAGAUUUAAUGAGUGUGGUAUCUCCCCUCUGACAGUCAAAGCGCUUACUAAUGCUGGAUAUGUACAAACAACUGUGGUGCAAGAGGCAGCUCUUCCUAUAUGUCUUGAAGGUAAAGAUGUUCUAGUCAAGGCCAAAACUGGAACUGGCAAAAGUGCAGCUUUUCUGCUUCCUGCAAUUGAAUCAGUCUUGAAUGCUAUGAAGAGCAAUACAAAUCAUCGAGUGUCUCCAAUAUUUGCUCUUGUCCUCUGCCCUACAAGAGAGCUUGCCAUCCAGCUUACAGCUGAGGCAAAUGUCUUGUUGAAGUACCAUGAAGGAAUUGGUGUUCAAUCUCUUAUUGGUGGUACUAGAUUCAAGCUUGAUCAGAGACGUUUAGAGUCUGAUCCAUGCCAGAUUUUAAUCGCAACACCAGGCAGACUGCUGGAUCACAUUGAAAACAAAUCAUCAUUCUCUGUCCGCUUGAUGGGAUUGAAAUUGCUUGUGUUGGAUGAAGCUGAUCAUUUGCUAGAUUUGGGUUUUCGUAAAGACAUAGAAAAGAUUGUUGAUAGCUUGCCACGUCAAAGACAAACAUUGCUAUUUUCAGCCACCAUUCCAAAAGAGGUUCGAAGGGUUUCACAGCUAGUUUUAAAGAGGGAUCAUGUUUUUGUUGAUACAGUGGGCCUGGGAGCUGUUGAAACUCCAACUAAGGUUCAGCAGUUGUAUCUUGUGGUACCACAUGAGCUGCAUUUUCAUAUGGUUCAUCACCUACUUCAAGAGCAUAUUGAUCGUGAAGUCGAUUAUAAGGUGAUUGUUUUCUGCACAACUGCCAUGGUGACUGAAUUUAUGUAUAUCAUGCUUCGAGAUUUGAAGUUAAAUGUCAGAGAAAUUCAUUCAAGAAAACCUCAGCUUUAUAGAACUCGCAUAUCUGAAGAGUUCCGAGACUCUAAUCGCUUAAUUCUUGUAACGUCAGACGUUUCCACUCGUGGAGUGAAUUAUCCAGAUGUCACCUUAGUGAUUCAGGUUGGUGUUCCUCCAGAUAGAGAGCAUUAUAUCCAUCGGCUUGGAAGGACCGGGAAAGAAGGUAAAUGUGGCAGAGGAAUUCUUUUGCUUGCCCCUUGGGAAGAGUAUUUCUUGAAUGAAAUAAGUGACCUCCCAAUAGAGAAGUAUCAAGCACCAGAAAUUCAGCAGGAAAUGAAACAGAAGGUUGAUGAUUCGAUAAAAAUCGUUGAUAUGAGCAUCAAAGAAGCAGCGUACCAUGCAUGGCUUGGUUAUUACAAUUCAAUGGCCGACAUAGGUAGAGAUAAAACCAUGCUUGCUGACCUAGCAAACCGAUUUGGUGUUUCAAUUGGUUUGCAGAAACCUCCAGCGAUAUAUAGGAAAACCGCCCUUAAAAUGGGGCUAAAGGAUGUCCCUGGGAUUCGAAUUAGGAAAUAACUGGCCAAAUGUUCCUCUGUUGAACGAGCAUUUCUUUCUGUAUUCCCCUAGGCCUUAUCCUAGUGUACAAAUUUAUUUUCAUGAAUGUGUAAUAUAUGUCAUUCUUUCAGCUGAAGUGACAUAUAUGUACACUGGUAGCGUUCCACGUUAAUUCGGUAAUACGGGCUUCAGUGCUAUUGCUUCGCAAAAAUGAGAAGCGUGUCGUUAACGUUCCAGUCAUGAGCCGUUAUGUUUAUGGUCUGGUGUUACCGUGAUGCAUGUAACAUUAAGAAAUGUA